AGAUAUGGUUUCACCUUGGGUGCAUACCGCCGUAAAGAGGCGCACAUUUGGGUUUAGCUAAGAUUUAGGCAUUCAAAUGAAAGAUAAAUGGCACUGUAACACUGCACCGCGUCUGAUUGUUGUUCACACACAGAGGAAAUAUGAAACAAGACGUCAGAAUACUAUUACUGGGGGAACCCAAGGUGGGGAAGACUUCCCUCAUCAUGUCUUUGGUUGGAGAGGAGUUUCCAGAAGAGGUUCCCCCCAGAGCAGAGGAGAUCACUAUCCCCGCUGAUGUGACUCCAGAGAAGGUGCCCACACACAUAGUGGAUUAUUCAGAAAAAGAGCUGAGUGAUGAUGUUCUACAAAAUGAGAUCAUCAAGGCUAAUGUUGUGUGUGUAGUGUACGAUGUCACCAAUGAAGACACAAUAGACAAGAUCAAAACUAAAUGGAUACCAUUGGUAAAUGGAAAUGCAGAGAAAGGGAACAAGGUUCCCAUUAUACUGGUGGGAAACAAGUCAGAUCUGCGCUGUGGAAGCUCAAUGGAAACUAUUCUUCCCAUCAUGAACCAGUUCUCAGAGAUUGAGACAUGUGUUGAGUGUUCGGCAAAGAACCUGAAAAAUAUUUCAGAGCUCUUUUACUACGCACAGAAGGCAGUUCUCCACCCCACAGCCCCUCUUUACGACCCUGAGGACAAACAGCUAAAACCCCUGUGUGUCCGAGCCCUCAGCAGAGUGUUCUACAUUUCAGACCAGGACAAUGAUCGCAUCCUUAGUGACGCUGAACUAAACAGUUUUCAGAAAUCUUGUUUUGGGAAUCCUUUGGCACCUCAAGCCUUAGAAGAUGUGAAGACUGUAGUUUGGAAGAACACCAGUGAUGGGGUGCAGGACAAUGGCCUAACCCUAAAUGGUUUCUUGUUCCUUAAUACAUUAUUUAUUCAGAGGGGUCGACAUGAAACCACGUGGACAAUCCUCCGAAAAUUUGGUUACGAUGACAACUUAGAGCUGGUUGAUGAUUACCUUUACCCUGAACUCCGGGUUCCUGUAGGCUGUAGCACAGAGCUCAAUCAUUUAGGUCACCAGUUUCUCCAGCGGCUGUUUGACAAGUAUGAUGAAGACAAAGACUCUGCCCUGUCACCAGCAGAGCUCAAGAACCUGUUUUGCGUAUGUCCUUACAUGCCGUGGGGCGCAGAGGUCUUCAUGACUGUCCCGACCACAGCUGAGGGAUACAUCUCUAAUCACGGCUAUCUUUGCCAGUGGACGCUUUCUGCAUAUCUUGACAUCCACCGUUGCCUGGAGCACCUGGGAUACUUAGGCUACCCUAUUCUCACUGAACAGGAGUCUCAGACGGCUGCAGUCACAGUGACACGUGAAAAGGAGGUGGACCUGGAAAAGUGCCAGACACAGCGGUCGGUGUUUCUCUGUAAAGUGAUCGGACCACGGGGGACUGGCAAGACUGCCUUUCUUCGGGACUUUGUGGGUCGCAACCUUGUGAAUAAGGGAAAUACCAGUAGUGCCUUUUCCCCUUAUGCCAUAAACACUGUCCACGUCAGUAACCAGGAGAAGUACCUUAUCCUCAAUGAGGUGGAUGUGGAAGCAGAGUUUCUGAAGGCAUCUGAUGCCUCCUGUGAUGUUGCCUGUCUCAUGUAUGACACCAGUGAUCCGCAUUCCUUCAACUAUUGUGCCAGUAUUUACAAGCAACACUACAUGGAGAGCAAUAUCCCAUGUGUGGUUGUAGCAUCCAAAGUGGAUCUUCCUGAGGUCAAGCAGCUCCAUGGGAUGACACCAGCAGAGUUCUGUUAUAAACACCGACUGCCUCCACCGCUGCCCUUCUCCAGCCUCGAAUCCAACAGCAAGAACAUCUACAAAAGACUGGCCUGGGCAGCUGUGUAUCCGCACCUAAAUGGUUCAGACAUGAGCAACACUUCGUUUUGGCUGAGAGUAGCUCUGGGUUCGGCUGUGGUCGCCGUUUUGGGUUUUGCAAUCUACAGAGCCGUCGCCAGACAGAAAUGACCAACAACCAGCUGAGCUAUUUUUCUCAACAUGGCGCUCCAUCCAUCAAGACCAAACCUUCAAAAGCAAAUCCAGAACCACUGCAGUCUGGGCUAGAUAUCAAGCAUAUCAUUUUACUUUUUAUCCCGAAGCCUCUGAAGAAACUUCAUAUUCUCUGCAAUUUGCAGCAUCUAACUUCUUCAUUUGUAGUCCAUUGAUCACAGAAGUUCAGAGCUCCUCAACGCACAUCCCUUUCUGCCAUAUUCAGCAUUUUUUUGCCUUAUAAUGUCUACCCAGGCUAAGUAGGUCUGUGUGAGCGCGGUACAUUGACACACAAGGAACUGAUCUCCAAAGUGGUGCUUUCUCAAAAUGGAGGAAACGCAGUAAGAUGUUUCCCCUGCUUUAUCUGUCAGUUGUUAAUGUUGUGAUUGGGGAAUUUUUUUAUCCAUGCAGUGUUUCCUAAGCAUAAUAUAAAAUGCCAGUUUGAUUAGACUGAAUCACCAAAGGGCAGCAAAUGAAGCUUUUAUAAUAGUCUGUAGUUGGCUGCCGCUGAAUUCCUUGCUGGAACAUUUUUGACCAAGACAUCACAAAGACAAGAUGAACGCAUCUGAUUUGCCAAAUAACUCAGCAGAAAUGAGUAGUCAUAGCAUGUUAAUUGCUCCUUAGGCAUAUGGUUUUUGCCUGAGACUGAAAUAUUUUGACUAGCCUGAAUCUUGCUAUUAUUUUCUAGCAAUAGGAAAGCCACUGAUCUGCUGUGACGGGGAGAUUCCUCUUUGUGCAUGAAGAAAACUUGCUUCUGUGUGGAAUGGAAUAUGAUGCAUCUGCAAGAAGAAAAAAAUGUUUUCCCUUCAAAAAGAAGGCAGGCAAAUCUAAAAACAAGACAUGUUCACAUUGUAAUCGAGUUUUAAUUAGGACGGAAUUAGAUUUUCUUUUAUUCAUAUACACCUGACACUGUGCAUACACUUUGAACAUUUAAUCUGACAUUGUGUUGAAAUACGAGACGGUCAUCUUAAUGUCUUUUUGUUUAAUUUAGCAGGGGACCUGCUGUUUUUGCAGGAUGCAUUUUAAAAUAUGGCUGUUUUCUUACCGAAAGUGAACUGAUUUAGAUGCUUAAUAAAAUACCAGAAAAGA